AUGACACAAAUGGCAAUGAUGAGUGCCGCUUCCACUCUCUGCCUCCCGCCUCUCUUCCUCCUCCUCCUCCUCCCCCUACUCCUCGCUAUCACCAGCGAGGCCGCCACGCUACGAAUCACCAACCAAUGCCCCUACACCGUGUGGCCAGCCGUUGUGCCGGGAGGUGGCCAGCAGCUCGAUCCAGGGGAGGCGUGGGUGCUCAACGUCCCCGCUGGCAACACAUCCGGGCGCAUCUGGGCACGGACGGGCUGCACGGUCCAUGGCGAAGGCAACGUGUCGUGCCAAACAGGUGACUGCAGUGGCUUGCUCGCCUGCACAGGCUAUGGUCAGCCGCCCAACACUCUCGGUGAGUUUACGUUUGGUGGCUUCAACGGCAUGGAUUUCUUCGAUAUCUCCGUCAUGGACGGCUUCAACGUGCCCAUGGACUUCCUGCCGGUGCCGAUUCAGGGCAGGGCAGGGUGCGCCAAGGGGCCACGCUGUUCAGCUGACAUCACAUCACAGUGCCCAACAGAGCUCAAGGCUCUAGGGGGUUGUAACAAUGCAUGCAGGGUGUUCAAGAAGGACAAAUACUGCUGUACCGGGAGCGCUGCAGACAAUUGCAGCACUACGAACUACUCAGUCUUGUUUAAGAAGAUGUGCCCAGAUGCCUACAGCUACCCCAAGGAUCAUCCCAACAGCACUUUCACUUGCCCGACGGGCACCAACUACCAGGUCGUCUUUUGUCCCCUGAUCAAUCAAGCAAUAUCACCUUCAGCUGAAAAUCCCGUGGCUCUGCCUGCGCCUAUUGGGCCAACAAGCAUGAAACCAAAAUCCUCCACUGUGAGAAGAAUUGUGACAAUUCUAGCUCCCGUAGGCAGCUUCAUUUUGCUUACCAUCGUGUUCCUUGUCACCUACUUUAUACGUAAACGGAGGACACAUAGACAACUUGAGAUGGAGGAGGAAGAAGAGUUUGGGGAGCUACAAGCAACACCAAUCAGUUUCACAUUUCAACAGCUAAAAGCAGCAACCGAGCAAUUCGCAGACAAGCUCGGGGAAGGAGGAUUUGGGUCUGUUUUCAAGGGACAAUUUGGUGAUGAAAUGAUUGCAGUAAAAUGUUUGGAUCGAGCUGGUCAGGGCAAAAGAGAAUUUUCUGCAGAGGUUCAGACAAUUGGCAGGAUUCAUCAUAUUAAUCUUGUGAGAUUGGCUGGUUUCUGUGCAGAGAAGUCCCAUAGGCUCUUGGUGUAUGAGUAUAUGCCCAAAGGAUCCUUGGAUAGAUGGAUCUAUGGUCGACAUGACAGCUAUGCUCCUCCUCUGGAUUGGAGCACCCGGUGCAAAAUUAUAACUCACAUAGCUAAGGGUCUCUCUUAUCUUCACGAGGAGUGCACAAAACGAAUUGCUCAUUUGGAUGUCAAACCACAAAAUAUCCUCUUAGAUGAUGAAUUCAAUGCUAAACUUUCUGAUUUUGGACUAUGCAAGCUCAUUGAUAGGGAUAUGAGCCAGGUGGUUACCAGAAUGAGAGGCACACCUGGAUAUUUAGCUCCUGAAUGGUUAACGUCACAAAUCACAGAGAAGGCCGAUGUCUACAGCUUUGGUGUUGUGGUCAUGGAAGUCAUCACCGGAAGAAAGAACCUUGACACUUCCCGGUCAGAAGAGAGCAUCCAUCUUAUUACUCUAUUGGAGGAAAAGGUGAAGAAUGAUCACUUGGUAGAUUUGAUUGAUAGGAACAGCAAUGACAUGCAAGCACAUAAGAAGGAUGCAAUUCAGAUGAUGAAGCUCGCGAUGUGGUGUUUGCAGAUUGAUUGCAAAAGAAGGCCUAAAAUGUCUGAGGUAGUCAAGGUCUUGGAAGGUAGCAUGAAUGCAGACAACAAUAUUGAUCAUAACUUUGUUGUUGCUACAAAUGUGAUCUCCUCGGUUCCACCUCUAGCUUCACAUGUAUCAGGGCCCAAGUGAAAUGAGGCAAUUCUGACAAGAUAGGCAAUUAGAUAAU